AUGGUAAAAACAAAAAAACAACGAUCUCUGCUAGGUUCUCGAUUUGGGUCUAAUGAAGACAAGGAAACACAAGAAAAUGAAAUUGAGGCUUUGAAAGGCAACAAUUUAUAUGGAAGACUACGUGCCUGUGGUUGUGACUUCAGCAUGGAAGGUGGAGUCGCUCCGGCAUGUCAUGAAUUUCGACUUCAUCUUUUACCUCAUGAAGAGAAACUGAAAGAACAUGUAUCAGUGGACUUGCACGUUAAAUUUCCGAAAACGUAUCCACGUUCAGCACCAGACAUAAAAGUUGAAAAUGCACGCGGUCUUUCAGAGGAACAAUUGAAUGAAGUUAGAGCAAACAUAUCUCGACUUAUUAAAGAAAAUAUUGGUCAAGAGAUGAUAUUUACUAUUGCUCAAUACGUUCAAGAGUUUAUAACUACGAAUAACAAUGGAGAUUCGGUUAAGCAGUCUUUUCAUGAGCAAAUGUUAAGGCGAAAUGAAAAAAUAACAAAGGCUGAACAAAAAAAAGCACUGGAAGAAAUGGAUCGUGCACGUCAAACUGAAGAGCAAGAACGAACAGCAGAGAACUUGUUAUUACUUCAAAAAAUUCAGGAGGAGAAGCAACGUCUAAAGGCAAAGGUUGAUGAAGAAAGGCAAAAAAAAAAGCAAUUGAAAGUUAAAGAUGUUCAAGACUCAAUAUCACUAAUGGACACAUCCUUGGUGUUUAAAACUGUCAACUUUGAAAGAAAAAUUGUUUUGGAUCCUGGAGAUUCAUUGUCAGUUCCCUUUAGAUCCGUAAUACUUGGGCCAUUAGUAGGCAAAGGAAUUGUUGGUUCAACAUAUAUGGUUCAGGCAGUUAAUGUUCAAAUUAAUAAUAUAAAUCCAAAGGACUGUCAUGUUUUAAUUUUGAAAGAUAUUGAAAUUUCUGAACCACACUACUUAGAGCCGGUUGGUAAGAAUAAGUUAGAAGAUAUUGAGAAGGAACUUGAUCGUAUGAAAAAGCUUCGUCAUUCGAACUUGGUUACUGUAUAUGAAUCCGAGCUUGAGAGAUGCACAUCUGGAUGGAAUUUGCACAUUCUUAUGGAAUAUACAUGUGGAGGCACGAUGGUUGAUUUAUUAAAGAAAUGUGGUGUUGUUCGCUUACAAUUAGCGAAGGAGUAUAUGAAGCAGUUGUUAGAUGCACUGGAUUAUCUACAUGCUAACGGUUUUGUACAUAGAGAUAUAAAAGCUUCCAAUAUAUUGUUUUCCGAAAUUCCUGGGAAGGACGAUUAUAUAGCUAAGCUAUCUGAUAUUAGUUAUCACAGAAAAUUAUUGGAUAUGCAUAGAGAAUUCCCAUUUGUAAAAUUUUCAAACGAAGAGCCAUGCAAAAGAUGGAUUUCACCUGAACAAAAAUCAAAAUCUAAUGUAUAUUCGAGAAAGAAUGAUAUUUGGUAUCUUGGUGUCAUUUUUGUGCAAAUGCUAUUCGGGUUAAAUGUUGUCCAAAGAUAUAAUUCAUUGAAUGAUUUGUUAAAUUCUUGUAAGAAAUCCAUCUUAUCAUUAUUCAUUGCAAUUCAAAAUAUUUUAGAUGACUUAAUAUUAUUAUUUGUAGCCGAUCAUAAUAUUCCGCUAGCUGUUCAAGAUGUUCUCAGAACUAUGCUUGAAAAAGAUCAAUCAAAAAGACCAACACCGUUAGAAUUGCUUGCAAAGCCUUUUUUCAAUGAAGGACCAUCCAGUUCUCUUGAUACACCUUUGAAAUUCAUCAUGUCAACAGGAAAUGUAAAUUCUUCUAGAACCAUUGCUCCACAAGAAAAUGACGAAUUAGCUGGUAGUUUUAGUGAGGUACAGCACGCAUAUUCCCCACCAAACUCUUCACAGCACCACGCUCAAUUUUCAAGAUAUAAGCUUGACUUUGAGGAAAUCGCGUUUCUCGGCAAAGGUGGAUAUGGAGAGGUGGUAAAGGCUAAAAACAAACUAGAUGGCAGGUGUUACGCAAUAAAAAAAGUGCGUCUAAAUCCAAAUGACAUUGAAAAAACUCGCAAGAUUUUGCGAGAGGUAACGACAUUAUCACGAUUACAUCACCAAUAUGUUGUCCGCUAUUAUACAACCUGGUUUGAAGGCAAAUACUCGGAUGGCUCUUUGAAUGAGACAGAGACUUUUAGCGAAGAUAUUACUGGCGCUGUUGAUGAAGGAGGUAUAGGAAAAAAUAAGGCUGUUUCCAAAAGGUCACCUAUAAAAGAGGAAAAAUGUCGUAUACUUUAUAUACAAAUGGAAUAUUGUGAAAAUAAAACUUUGAAAGACAUCAUUGAUAAUGGUGUAAAAGAAGAUGAAGGCUGGAGGUUGUGGAAGGGCUUGGGCAUGAUUCAUCGGGAUUUAAAACCAAGUAAUAUCUUCUUGGACGCGAAGGGUGAUGUAAAGAUCGGAGAUUUUGGAUUAGCAACUACAAAUGAGAGCGACGCAUUAUUUGAUCCGGGUACAUGCAGAUUAUCAACUUUUUACAGAAUGAAUAGUAGAGAAGAUUCCAUGACUGGAGAUGUUGGAACGCUCCUUUAUGGCGCACCAGAAGUUGCUACUAAUCCUAUAGUAGGAACCCGUUAUAAUCAAAAAGUGGAUAUAUAUUCAUUAGGAAUAAUUUUAUUUGAAAUUUUCUACAAAUUUUCUACUGAAAUGGAACGUCGAACUAUUUUAAACCUUCGAAGGACUGAUAUAACUUUUCCGAAGGAUUUUCCACUUGAGAAAAUGAACAGACAAGUCAAUAUCAUUCGCUGGUGCUUGCAACACAAUGCUAAAAAUCGACCGACAAGCAUAGAUCUUUUAAAAUGUGAAUGGUUACCAGCUGAAAUUGAAGACGAACAUUUGCAAGAAUUCAUGAGAACAAUGGGUGAUUUUUCGACUCAUUCUGAAUUAUUAUCGAAUGGGAAUGUUGCUUUUAGUCCAACGUAUGCACUAACAUUUGGAAGAGUACGUGAUUAUAUGGUUAAAAUAUUUCGUCAUCAUGGCGCGGUGGAAUUAAGUACGCCCUUGUUGAUGCCUAAAUCAGAUAUAUAUGAAGACGACAAAAAAGCAGUUUAUUUAAUUGAUAAAGGUGGAGGGAUUGUACAGCUUCCAUAUGACUUAACGGUACCUUUCUCAAGAUAUGUUUCACGUAACAAUAUUACAGAUCUGAAAAGAUAUACAUUUGACAGAGUAUAUAGGGAAAUCAUUGAAGGGCAACCCCCUCGUAUAGUAAAUGAGGCCGAUUUUGAUAUAAUCCAUUCAAUUCAUGCUCCUAUGGUUGCUGAAGCAGAAAUAAUAAAGGUGGUUGAUGAAGUUCUCGAAGAAUUUCCACCAUUAAAAACAAACAAUUAUUGUUUUUUUGUAAACCAUACAAACAUUAUAGAAACAAUUUUUGAAUGUUGUAGAAUACCUGUAGAGAUUCGACGUGGUGUAUAUAGUUUUCUUAGUCAACUUGACAAAAAGUAUACAAUGAAUCUAAUCAAAACACAACUUAUGGAAAAGUAUAACUUGCCAAGGAGUGUGCUGGAUGAAUUGGCUCUUUUUGAUAUUAGAGGGGACCUGGACUAUAUUUCAACCACUUUGGAUAAGUUGAUUCCAACAGCUAAUAUGCGUAGGCGAAUACAUGAAGCAAUUAACGAUUUCACUCUUUUGUUGACAUACACACAAUGUCUUGAAGUUCGUCAUAAUAUUAUAUUUGUACCAUUGUUAACAUAUUAUAAUCAUCAUAACAAGAAUGGAAUGAUUUUUCAAACUGUUGACAGUAGCCGAAAAGACGUGAUAGCUGCUGGCGGAAGAUAUGAUUCAUUAAUACAAAAAUUUCGAUUUCCUAUUGCAAGUGGUGUGCCUGUUGUUCGACAACAAAUUUUCGCAGUUGGAGUCAAUAUAGCCAUACAAAAAAUAGUUGUCGCUUUGGAAAAUUACCAAAAAAAGAUUCAAAAGAAGCUUGAAGAAGAAAGGAGUUUUGGAUUCUGGAAACCAAAAAAGUGUGACGUAUACGUUACAAGCAUCGGUAAAAUUACGCUGCAGGAACGCUUGGAUCUUGUUCGUGAAUUGUGGGCACAUAACAUUAAAGCUGACUUCAUGUAUGAAGAACCAACAGAUCAUACUCCCGAAAAUCUAGCUACUUUAUGCAAGGAUAAUGGGAUAAAUUGGUUAGUGAUAAUGAGACAUAAAGAUUUAUACACUUCGAGAGAUGAUGUUAUUAUUGUCAGAGUAAAGAAUUUGAUAAUGAAAACUGAAGAAGAAGUUCCCCGUAGUGAACUUUAUGUGAAAUUAAAUAGUGAAAUCCAAGAACAAAUGAGAAUUGAUUUGUAUGCUUCAGGAUCCAAAUUCCACAAACAUCAUCUUAUAGCACAGACAGAUCCGAUGCAUGAUUUCAGCAAUGUCAGCCCGCCAAUGUCAUUAGAAGCAGGUAGUAAUCGAUCAAAGCUAUCCAUUAAGACUUUUAUACCUUCUGCAAUAAAUAAAGGCAAUAAAAAAGUGAAACACAAGCAGAAGCAAUUGCUUAUUGACAAAGCACAUGAUAACAUUUCUGGAAUGAUAAAACAUAUUAAUGAUGGUAGUGUUUCUGUAGUAGCAAUGGAUGUGAGUCGUGAAGUACUGCGCAAAAUUCCAGAUUGCGAUGUACUAGACGAUGAGUCAUUUAAAAGUAAAAUACUUGAUAUGGUUUCUCCUCAACAAAAAGAAUAUUUGAGCAAUAUACAAAACCAUCUCAAAAAACUACGAACUAUGGAAAAUAACAAGCAUGUUUGGUUAUAUUCACACAGAGAUGAUUUUGGGAUAUUAUACCAAUUUUUUUCUUAA